CGGUGGGUGUCUGAAAAGUUCAUUGUUGAGGGCUUAAGAGAGUUUGAACUGUUUGGAGCUUCUCCUUUCAUGUGUGUCUGAUCUUCAUAUCGUGGGUGAAGUUGGUUCAUCGCUUCUACCAUUCACCUAAGCAGCUUCAGCUGCACUGGUCUUCUCACAGAUGAGCUGCUGAAAACCAGAAGCCCUAGCAUCAGACAGGAAUGCUGACUGCCACAGUGCAGAGAAGUGCUAUAAACAAGCUUUCCUUUGGCCUUUGCACAGGCAACAGGAUGGUGGCACAAAAGUUUGUAAUUAAUGGGAGAAAGACCAAUGAGGCGAGCUCCGAGUCAAUAGCUUCUUCCCCUAAAAGGGACACCAUGAGCAACUUUCUACCAGACAGCAGCUGUUACGAGUUGCUCACUAUCAUAGGCAGAGGCUUUGAAGACUUGAUGGUUGUGAACCUGGCCAGGUAUAAACCCACGGGAGAGUAUGUCACAGUCAGAAGAGUGAACUUGGAGGCCUGCACAAAUGAAAUGGUCACAUUCUUGCAGGGGGAACUUCAUGUUUCCAAGCUCUUCAACCACCCUAACAUCGUGCCAUAUAAAGCAACUUUCAUAGCUGACAAUGAGCUAUGGGUAGUGACGUCUUUCAUGGCCUACGGUUCUGCAAAAGAUUUAAUCUGUACCCAUUUUAUGGAUGGCAUGAGUGAACUGGCUAUUGCAUAUAUCCUCCAAGGUGUUUUGAAAGCACUUGACUACAUCCACCAUAUGGGCUAUGUACAUAGGAGUGUUAAAGCCAGCCAUAUCCUGAUCUCUGUAGAUGGGAAGGUGUACCUCUCUGGCCUGCGAAGUAAUCUAAGUAUGAUCAACCAUGGACAGCGACUCAAAGUUGUUCAUGACUUUCCCAAAUACAGCAUCAAAGUCCUGCCUUGGCUCAGUCCUGAAGUCUUGCAGCAGAAUCUCCAGGGUUAUGAUGCAAAAUCUGACAUUUACAGCGUAGGGAUAACAGCCUGUGAGCUGGCAAAUGGACACGUACCAUUUAAAGACAUGCCUUCUACUCAGAUGCUCUUGGAAAAGCUGAAUGGAACUGUUCCCUGCCUUCCAGACACCACCCGUUCAAGUGCUAACUACGGGAUGGGUGAGAGCAUGACCAUUAGCAAUGUGAGAGCAGCCAACGGAGAGCCAGCCCUGCACCCUUAUCUUCGGACCUUCUCCACCUACUUCCAUAACUUUGUAGAGCAGUGCCUCCAGCGGAACCCUGAUUUCAGAUCAAGCGUCGUGCUUCUGAAGCGCUCCCUGAACUUCUGCGCCCCGUCACCCCAAUCACCAAUUUUGAAGGAACAUGGCCCCAGGACCCCAGUGGCUUUUUUGGGCUGGUAUCAAACCUGGAGCAGCUCGAUGUGGAUGACUGGGAAUUCUAAAAAAACCAGGGACUAUACGUGGUUCUGGCAGAGCUUUCUGGACAUUGCAAUUUAUUGGUCCUGUUCAUAAAAGGUGAUGAAUGUUACACAUACAAAAGUUUACAGGUCCUUGGGAAGAAACUUCAACUGCCUCUUUACUUAGGAAGUAGCCUGGAAACAAACGGACAGACCUGAGCUGGAAAAGGAUCAACCCCAAGGAACUGUGAAGUAUUCCAGAUGGUGUAGUGCCCAGAGCCCCAAUUCUUGCAGCUUUCCAACUCAAAUGGGUUGAGUGAGUCUGUUUAGUCUCUAUUUACGUGUUUCUAAAAAUCACUGGCUUCCUUGUAUCACAGUUGAAGGCUGCAUGUCCCUACCCUCUUUGGUUCUUUCUCUUUUAAGGGUGCCUUGAGUUAAGAGGAGACAGGCAGCUCUUAAGUUUUGGGCGUUCUCUUAGAGCUACUCAGAUUACUGUUACAGCGUUGCCACAGGGUAACUUCUGAGGGCAGGGAAAAAAGGGAUUAUGUUCUUAAGUUCAGUCACUGUUUUGUGAGAAAUCGAAAACAACGCUAUUCUGUUCGAGGCACACUUGCUGCAUCCAGGUAUUCCUGUGCAGCGCUGGGUUCUUCUCUUCCCUUUCUGGAGAGAGCUUUUGAAGUCUCCUCUCACCUGAUGCUGAGCAGUCUGAACUCCAGGCCAGACAGGGCAUUCCAGCCUCUUCUCCCAUGGCUGUCUGGGUCACCAUUGCGUACACCUGUUCAACGUACCAGCUUUUUUAUCCCCACAGAGCAUCUAGCGGAGCCUGCUGUUAGCUGGGCUUGUUUAAUGGCACGUAACACUCCUACCAGCUUGUUCUCAGUGACUUACCCUAGCACAGAGGAAAAGUAAGUUGACUUUCACGCUAAAUCCUCUUGCUCACAAUUCCUCUCUGAGCAUCAUGUACAGAACCGAUCUUAAGCCUUUCAUUACCAUUGAUGUUCUGCCUUCCUUGACUGAAUGACAGAUAAAAGCUUGUUUCUCAUGUGGCUCCCCUUGAUUGAUGGCUGUGUGACUCUGCCCUGCUGCUGUGGCAGUUCCUCCCCCCUCCCCAUUCCCUGGUAUUUGUUUUUUGGAGGUGUAUUUAAGGCUCUUAGUUUGACCUUUCCAAGGACCACAGGUGGUGGAGGUCUUCUACUCUAACAAAGCACUGAGAAUCCAAUCCUGUAGGCGCGGUUGGUGAGAGUAGUGGUGCUGGCAACAGGUCCUUCUUGUGUUUAUAAACUGUACUUGAACCCAGAUAAAGUUUGUUACUCUA